AUGUUGCGACUGUUCAAUCGCUUCUACACAUUAUGCGCCCUGGCGGUGUGUACAAUUCUGUAUUCGGCGUGGGUGCUAACGUCGCGAACUCUGGGAAAUGCACAGCCCUUUGCCGGAUUGCAGUUCCGGACCGCACCGUCGUUUGAUCGGCGAUUAGUGGUCUUUGGCGACUCGUGGAGCGAUAGUAAAACGGUGGACGGUCAAGGACGAGUUUGGACGGAUUGGCUUUGCGAACAGUUUUCAUGUCAUCAAGAGAAUCUGGCACAAUCAGCCAAAUCUAGCUGGAAAGGCAAGCUGACUGGCUCCGUGGUGGACAACGCCGACCUGGAACAAGUUGCUCGCCCGUCCGCGACACCGCUGCCCGAUUUCAAAUCCCAAGUUCAAUUGUGGCUGGACGCCGAGUCCGAGACCUUGGCCGGUCUCACCGAGGAUCAGAUUCGAUCUCGUCAAGACAGAACCGUCUUUGCAGUGUCAUUCGGCCUCUGGGAUAUUUGGAAUCUGUUGACUGUCGACUACAAUGUGGCCGAGGGGGCUGUUCAGCGUCGGGUCACUACACUCAUGGCGCAAUUGAGUCGGCUGGCUGAGACUUGGGGUUCUAGUCCUGAGUCUGGCUCCGGUUCCGGUGCCGGUUCCGGUUCCGAGUCAAACAAGCUCAAGGUGAUUCUGACGCAGACCGUCGAUGUGACAUUUGUGCCGGGCUUCGUAAUGGCCACGGGCGUGGACUACAAGGAUGCGGUGCGCAUUCUGGAGGUUUGGAAUAAGAAGUUGCGACAGGCUUCUCAGACGUGGGAUCGGGGAACGAUCUACCUAUUUGAUACGAAUGCCUUUGUGCUGGAUCGCAUUCGCGACUGGCAAUUGUAUGCAGCGGGCAUUGAGGAGCAGAAUGGAUUGGGCACGAAUCGAGAUCCCGGCUGGGAGAAUGUGGUCGACCCGUGCAUUGAGAGCGAGAGUCGAAUUCAGGCUCUUCUGCCCAAGGGAAUGUCUCCAUCGAGGAGACAAUGUACGAAUCCGGAGAAGUAUCUGUUCUGGGAUGAGAUGCAUCUUGGACCAAGUGCCCAUCGUCUGAUGGCCACCGCAAUCUACCAAGGCAUUGAUGGGGUUCUUCUCAACCCUGCAGAUCCCAAAUAA